CAAGGAGAAGGCACAGCAUCCCAAAUGGGGCCGGCCAGCCAGCAGCAUGUGUCCUCAAGGGCACGGGGUGUCCUUGAGUGCUCGGUAUGGCCCUGGAAAGGCAGGCGGGGUGUCCCAGCUGUGCUCAGCUGGUGCUGCCCCCAUCCCCAUGAGAAAUACUGAGCUGAAACCUCUCCCGACAGUGCUGUGACCCCGCAGGCUCGGCUGCGGGCUCCGAGAGCUCUUUCCUGCUGGUGGAAGCUCCAGGCAAGGCUGUUGGUGGAGUUCUUCACCAGGGAGCAGGGAAAAAGUGGUUUUUGCUAACCAGGGGGUCGUUCCCUGGAGCUUCUGUGGUGGCUGCAGGUCAGGUUCAGCUCUUUUCCCUACGGCUUGCUCUGGAGGUCCUUCGGUUCGUGUAUUCCUGGUGCCUUCGCUCCGAAAUGGAGGAGGACAGGAGCACAGAGGGUCAGCUGGUGGAUGAGCCACCCUUGGCAUCGCUCCUCGUGCGUGUGACUCAGACGGAUUCUGCUUGUCUGAAGGAUUCCUGCAAAUCCUCAGAGUUGUCCAACCCGCCUCGGCGCAGCGCUGGAGCCCGAAAAAUUCGAAAUCUUCAACCUGGAUAUGAAGGUUGGGGACACCCUGAAGGUGAAGGGCAAGAUCUCUGGUGAUGCUGAAGGCUUCUCCAUCAACCUCGGCAGCUGCUCCUCGGACCUGGCACUUCACUUCAAUCCCCGCUUCACCGAGUCGGUCAUCGUCUGCAACUCCAAGUGCUGCAAAGCCUGGCAGGCCGAGCACCGCGAUCACCACUUCUGUUUCUCCAGGGACUCCAGCGUCAAGCUCUUCAUUGAAUUCCUGGAAGACAAAUUCAAGGUGAAACUACCGGAUGAUCACCAUGUGGAGUUCCCCAAUCGGCAUGGCUUUGACAAGCUCAAGUACAUGAGCAUCAAGGGAGGAUUCAGGGUCACCUCCUUCAAGCUGGAUUGAUGGGCGCUGCUUCCUACAUCCAAUAAAAUCCCAGCUGGAACUUCUUGCUCCAGCUGCUCUGGCUUC